AUGGAACCUACUCUUGGGAAGUUUAACAUGGAUAAGUUUGAUGGAAAAGGAGACUUCGUUAUGUGGAAGUUUAAGAUGAUGGGACAGCUCAAGAUCCAAGGCCUUCUUGCGGUCAUUGUUGAUGGCUUCACGGUUUACUCCACCUCAGAAAAACAAGAAGAAGGUGAGAAACAUGUGAUUGAUCAAAAGAAGUUCGAAAAGGACUUAAGAGUGAGAAGCUUACUUGAUACCUGCUUGAGCGACUCCAUCUUGAGGAAGGUCAUGCAUGAGCAGACUGCUCUAGGCAUGUGGAAGUCUCUGGAAAAGCUGUAG